CCGUCGUCUGGGCGUAAUGGCUGGGCAGGCAAAGAUAAUUGCCCGAGCUUACGAGCAGAGCACCGACCCCGCCGAUAAGAUGACGUCGCCCCGAGAAGCGGCCACCGCGGCGCCCACGCGUUUGGAGAAGCCGCUGCGCCUACAAAUACCUGCGACAGGAAGUACCGACGCGCCGCGCGUGUCCGCGACAGCCACCGCCGCUGCUAGUGCCAACAAAGACGCGGCUAAAGGAACCGAGUCCGCCGACAUGCGCAGUCAGACGUGUGUCGAGUUCUUGCACAUUAUGAAAGAGUUCUCCGAGAGCUCAUGCGAUGCCAGCGAGACUGUGCAGCGCGUGGACUCGCUGGUGAGUCAAGACGAACAGCUGCUGCGACUAUUCCCGCUGUCGCGCACACAGGAAGAGGACGAAGCCGCGCGGAGACUGCGACGGGCACUGGAAGAUGAAGACGACGAAGCCCUCGCUAGGAUAGCAGCAAGAGACGGCGACAAGGAAAUGGACACGCAGGACGAGCUGCAACGCUGGAUGGAUCUCGAUCUCGGCGACCUCGACCACCACAUGGACGUAUUUGACUUCCAGCACACGCAGCCGCAGCCGCUAGCACUCAACGAGAUUGCCACUGCAGAAGACGCCAAAAGUGCCACGUCGGCAUCGCCAGUGGUGCCACCUACUGCCUCGCCAUUCAUGAAGCGCAGCACCAACGGAUUUCUACAGCAGAAGACCACCCAAGCCACUACCGAGGCAGCAAAGACAACGACAGGAUACCUGCGAGGGCAGGGUGCGUCACAGAAGCCGCUAGCUGCGAAGAACUCGCCACUUAGCAAGAAGUCUGUCACUGCUGCAUUGUUCGAAGAUGAUGACGAUGAUUUGGAUCUCGUGCUGGGCAGCGCGUCGCUGUCGUCCAGCCCGCCGCUCAAACGUGCUAAGCUAUCGCGAACAGAUAGUCCGCAGGCACUGCAUGUGUCAGUGUCACCGGACACGGAAAGCAAAGCGGAAACAGACGACGAGAGCAAAGCGGACGAAGACGAGGAAGGUAAUGUAUGGGGAAUGGAGAACGACAGCUACGAGCACGACCUGCUUUCGUCUAUUGAUCACGCUGUGCUGUGCGACCGUGAGAACCGGUUCUUGCAGUGGGAUCUGGAGGCAGCUCAGCAGCAAGAACAGCGGAGGCUGCAGGCCAACGGUUUGACACGGAACGCUGCAACGUCAGCUGGUAUGACUGGCCGAAGUGCCAACGGUACGACCACCUCUACUAACCCCGCUAUUAAUGGCCUCACUGCGAUCCAAACCCACCGCUCAAUUCAGCAGCCCAACGACAAGGUGAUGGCAUCCAGUCCUAUUAGCAGCAAGAGUCCGUCGAACGUCGAUAUUGUCGAGGAUUGGAACAGUUUGGACUUUGGCACAUUCCAGAAUCGCACUGUGAGCCACAUCCUGAGCUCAUGUCUGCACAAGCGGAAGCUGCAUCAUCCCUACAAGAACCAAGUGCAGCUUGUGAACUUCAAUGUGCCAGGCAGUGGCGAUUCUACGUCAGGACGUGGAGGUGGACCGCAUCCACACCAGCUCGGUGGCUCCUUGGCGACUAGCCUCGCCUUUGGUGGCCAGCAGAACGGUGGAGAUGGCUCGGAUGGCUCGACAAUUAGCGGCUUUGUGCCUCUGCUAGCAACUGGCCACGAGAAUGGUCUGGGUAACAGCAAGUCGCCGGGCAAGGGCGAGAAGAAGACGCCGAAGAAGCGCGAGGAACGCAAGCGACUCAUGACGCUCAAGAUGCAGGAGACGUUUGCAGACUUAGAAGGGACGUUCACGGAGCAAGACUUGGACGUUAAGGGCAUCGUUGGACCAGGCGCGUCGUUGUCCAAAAUGGCUCUCUCGAAGCUGGAGAACCUGCCACUGCCGGACCUGACGAACCUCCCUCAAGAUUUGCGUGAACUCAAGCGCAAGAUUGAAGCCACCGAGCACAAGGUGGAAGGCACGAAACAUCGUCACCGCAAGGGCGGUCCGUGCCCACGCUGCCAAGUGCAGAACCAGUUACGCGCGGCUAAGCGUGCGUAUCACAAGCGUGCUGUGGCCCACAAGAAGCUGCCUCAUGUGGUGGUCAAUGCCGUUAACGACGAGGCACAGGAGGCUGCUAACGCCCAGGCGGCUGCCGCUGCUACGCUGGAACUCGCUGGCAGUGUCACAGCAGCGAUAAAGGCUGCUGCCAGCGCAGGAGCAAGGAAGGGGAGUACCGGGUCUUCGACGGGUACUCCUGGAAAUGCUUCAAGUGCAAAGGCGAGAGCUGCGUUGGCUGGUGUGACCAAUCUAUCGACUGGAAUGCUGAAGCAGAUGCAGCGUCCUGCCGCGUCUUCUGUGUCAUCUCCUUCCGGGUCGUUGUGCUCGACUUCUUCUGUAGCAACUACCGCGACUGUGGGGUCUACCAGCGGCUCGUCGUCUUCAUCCUCUUGCGGUGGCAUCUCGCCCCCGCCGUCUUUAUCUACGACGUCUGUGGUUCGAGGCCCAUGUGGAAAAGCGUCAUCGUCAGCAAUGCCAUUCUCGUCGCCGUCUUCGGCAUCGCCCACUUCGGCUUCUAACGCGUCGUCGCCCGACACGACAUCACCUCAGCUGCAGCACGUUACCGUAACAUCGGGUUAAGUUGGCACUGAAUUGGACAAGCAACGAAGAUCAAGCAGUCGGCUGGUGCAAGUCACGGCGUAUUUAUUAGUGUAUUAGAGCUCCCAUCGUACGCCACGCGUGACUUGCGUUGCUCGGAAGCCGUCAGGUAAUAGUUUGUAUAGCAUGGCAUCGGCGAAAUAGUGACAGUAGGAAGGGGGUUCGCGUGGACACCAGACGCGCAGCGUCUCCUGUAGAGUGAAGGCGCAUAAGGAUCACAAAAAAUAGAGAAUCUACGCAGCUUUCAGAGCCUCCACCACACCGCUAGUUGCAAAUUACGUUGAAAUCUAUUGGUACCAUAGUCGCUCA